AUGAUUGGAAGCAUCGACUGCAUGCACUGGCAAUGGAAGAAUUGCCUAACAGGUUGGGCUGGAGAAUACAGCGGUCGAAAACGUGUGCCCACUAUCAUCCUCGAAGCAGUCGCUUCUUAUGACACAUGGAUAUGGUAUGCCUUCUUUGGAAUGCCUGGAUCAUGCAACGACCUCAACGUCCUUGCUAAGUCCCCGUUGUUUGACGAGGUCACUACUGGUCGAGCCCCUCGGGUCCAAUUUCAAGCAAAUAACAGGAUUCACAAUUUAGGGUACUAUCUCGCUGAUGAUAUCUAUCCGCAAUGGGCGACUUUCGUAAAAUCAAUUCCAAGGCCUACACGACCGAAGGAUCUGAAGUUUUCCCAGGCUCAAGAGGGGUACAGGAAGGAUGUCGAAAGAUGUUUCGGCAUUUUACAAUCACGCUUUAGUAUUGUUCGAGGAGCUGCUCGUGGCUGGGAAAGAGAUGACCUUCGAUAUAUCAUGUUGACGUGUAUUAUAUUACACAACAUGAUAAUCGAGGAUGAAAGACCAGAUGACAGCGAUGAGGAUUUGGAGUCUGAUGAAGAAGAGGAUAACAAUAUGAGGCCCAGGUUUGGGAAGGACCGACUGCUGAUGACUUCGAUCCUGUUGGUAGAGAUGGUUAUUACUUCAACGGAUUCAUGGAUCGAUACGAUGCCAUUAGAAGUGCAAACAGUCACUCAAACCUUCAAGGGGAUCUGA